AUGUUUGGCGACAUGGACCAGGUGCGGAUGACCUCAGAGGGCUCCGACUGCCGCUGCAAGUGCAUCAUGCGACCCCUGAGCAAGGACGCGUGCAGCCGCGUGCGCAGCGGGCGGGCGCGGGUGGAGGACUUCUACACGGUGGAGACCCUGAGCUCGGGGACCGACUGCCGCUGCUCCUGCACGGCGCCACCCUCUUCACUCAACCCCUGUGAGAACGAAUGGAAGAUGGAGAAACUCAAAAAGCAGGCGCCUGAGCUCCUCAAGCUGCAGUCCAUGGUGGAUCUCCUGCAGGGCACCCUGUACAGCAUGGACCUGAUGAAAGUACACGCCUACGUCCACAAGGUGGCCUCCCAGAUGGACACGCUGGAAGAGAGCAUCAAGGCCAACCUGAGCCGGGAGAACGAGGUGAUGAAAGAGAGCAUGCGCCACCUCAGCGAGCAGCUGAGGCACUACGAGAACCACUCAGCCGUCAUGAUGAGCAUCCAGAAGGAGCUGUCCAGCCUGGGCCUGCAGCUGCUGCACAAGGAUGGUGCCGCCACCCCUGCCGCCGCCCCAGCCAGUGGCCCUGGGAGCAGGGCUCAGGACACCGCUAGUGGGAAAGGCAAGGAUACCAACAAAUAUGGCGGCAUGCAGAAGAGCUUUGUAGACAGGGGUCUACCAAAACCUCCUAAGGAGAAGCUGCUGAAGGUGGAGAAGCUGAGGAGGGAGAGCACCAAGGGCAGAUUCCCCCAGCCCACAGCCAAGCCCCGGGCCCUCGCCCAGCAGCAGGGCGUGAUCCGGGGCUUCACCUACUACAAGGCGGGCAGGCAGGAGGCCACUGCGGCCAUGGCUGACAAUGCCCUCAAGGGCACUUCCUGGCUGGAGCAGCCACCAUCCAAGGUAGAGGACAGGCCACCCAAGCCCAACUCAGCGGAACAGGAUGAGGCUGGGCCCGGGUCCUCAGAGGGAGCGGACUUGGCCCCUGCCACCCCCACCUUGGACCCUGCCACCACCAUCACCACUACCACUGUGACUCCCACCACCAGUCCCCUGCCCACCGAGCCACCAUCACAUCCAGAAGUCCCCAGCCAAGGCAGAGGGGAGAGCUGCGAGGGCACCCUCCGGGCCGUGGACCCCCCCGUGAAGCACCACAGCUAUGGGCGCCACGAGGGGGCCUGGAUGAAGGACCCUGCAGCUCGGGAUGACAGAAUCUAUGUCACCAACUACUACUAUGGAAACAGCCUGGUGGAGUUCCGCAACCUGGAAAACUUCAAGCAAGGUCGCUGGAGUAACAUGUACAAGCUGCCCUACAACUGGAUCGGCACGGGCCACGUGGUGUACCAGGGCGCCUUCUACUACAACCGCGCCUUCACCAAGAACAUCAUCAAGUACGACCUGCGGCAGCGCUUCGUGGCCUCCUGGGCGCUGCUGCCCGACGUGGUGUACGAGGACACCACACCCUGGAAGUGGCGCGGCCACUCAGACAUUGACUUCGCCGUGGACGAGAGCGGCCUGUGGGUCAUCUACCCCGCUGUGGACGACCGUGACGAGGCCCAGCCCGAGGUGAUUGUGCUGAGCCGCCUGGACCCGGGCGACCUUUCCGUGCACCGGGAGACCACGUGGAAGACGCGGCUGCGGCGGAACUCCUAUGGGAACUGCUUCCUGGUGUGUGGCAUCCUAUACGCCGUGGACACCUACAACCAGCACGAUGGCCAGGUCGCCUAUGCCUUCGACACGCAUACGGGCACUGACGCUCGCCCCCAGCUGCCCUUCCGCAACGAGCACGCCUACACCACCCAGAUCGACUACAACCCCAAGGAGCGGGUGCUGUACGCCUGGGACAAUGGCCACCAGCUCACCUACACCCUCCACUUCGUGGUCUGAGCGGGGACUUGCACUCACAGGAGAGGGGCAGCAGUGGAGGGGGCUCCCCAUAGCAACUCCUGCAACCCAUCCACUCAGCAGAUAUUUAUUGGGGGCCAGCAAAUAUUUAAUGGGUGCUGGGUGCUAGGCUUGGGGUCGUAGCCGGGGUAGGGCUUUCGUAGUAGCCAUGGGUGAGGCUUGCGUCCACUUGCAGAGCUCUGCACCGAGCCCUGUACCUGCAGUUACCAUUCAGUCCUCCAGCACCUCCCUUGGAGGUAGAGGUCAUGAAGCCCAUGUGACAGCUAAGGAGAUGUCACCCUGCUCUCCCCACCUGUAGCCCUCUCCCCCUCCCCUCAUCUCCCGUGUUCUCUGAACUCUGUCUCCCUUCCCAGGGCUGCUCAAAACCCCAGGCCUCUGGCAUUGCUGCAUUCGCAUUGGGUGGAGGCCCUGGCUCUGCCUGCCACCGCGGGCCCCUGUUCUGGCUGAGCUGUUGGUGGCCCUGGACUUUGGGCCCUCUGUCCUGCUUCUUGCCUUUGGCCAGCCCCCCUAGCCCACUCCACCCGCUGUCCGGCCACAUUCCAAAGCUCUACCAUCACCUGGCCCCUGAGCAGAAACCACACCCUGGGAGAAAAUACCGGCUCCUGUUCCAAGGCCCCCUCCCUUCUGCACUCAUUUUUAUUUUCUCACUCCUCGUCAGUGCCGUCACUUGUUUCCGCAGCAGCAGCUGCUGCCAGCAGCAGCUCUACCAGGGCGGCAACUGGGCUGAGGCUCCCUCUCCACCCAGAAACGCUGGCUUUGGCUACAUACUCAGGCCUUGUGUCCCCUCCGCAGUCCCUCCCAGAGCCUUUGGGCCUGGGGUCCACUUGUCCUUUCUCUUUGGGCCUUCAAACCCACAACCUGUACACACUCAGGGAUACCUCUAAGUCUGCCGUGAACAAGACCCUAGGCCCAAGGCUGGGUGGUGCCAGGACGGAGCCGGUUCGCUCUUCCUUGUCAAUCCUGUCCUGGUCCUGUUGUCCCAGCAACCUGGGGGGCUGGAGAAGACAGAUGGUCCGAGCAGUUGGGUCCAGGGGAGGCAUUGGCCGCCUUCUGGUUGUAGGGAAGAGCCGGAGGACAGAAGCAGGGAGCAAAGGCAUGGAGGUUUGGGAACCAGGCUUUCCUGGCUUCAGAGAUGCUGGUGCCAGUGCUGCCGCAGGCCCAAGACUGGGGCUGAGGAUUCACAGGUGGGCCACCUCACCUGGUGCCGCUGAUGGCUCACCGGAGGCUCAGACCCAGGCAGCCCAGAGGACAGGACCUUUAAACCUCUCCUCGCCUGCUUUGGACAGUAUUUUCAGAGCUGGAAAGACGUUCUCUAGCCCAACCCCCUGUCUCCCCAAAGAGAAAAUAGACCCAGAAAGGUUCAGAGGGUGGCUUAGAGCCACACGGGGAGCAGGAUACAGUUGAUAUCCUUCUAGAAGGGUUUUGUCUAAAUCCCUUACCCUUCAUGGGGGCAGCUCUGCCUGGGAAGGCAGUAGACAACCUACCCCAGCCAUCCUACACUGAAGAGUAUUUACUGCUGAUCCCCACACAGCCCUGGGCCCUGCUCCCCUCAUUCUGCCCCCAUGCUGGCUCCCAGGAUGCUUGUAUAUUUGAAUACCCUGUUGCCACGUUAGGAUUCAGCUGUAAUUAGGGGUAAGGAAAUGCCUUUGGUGCAGAAUACAUUUCUUUCGGGCAUGUCAGGUGAUGUGGUUUUGUUUACGCUCUAACUCACCCUGAAAUAAGGGCAAUGCUGACACCCAGCCGGGCCAGGCCUGACUCAGUGGUGGACACGUCCAGCUUCCCCCAGCCAACCCACUGCCGUGGGCUCUGCUUACAGACGCUUCAGGGGGCUGCGAGGCCCCGGCGUUUCCCUAGGCCCUGGGCGUGGGUUUUAUAAGACUGUGUCUUCUGUGAUAUCACAGCCCAACCAUGUGAAAAGAAAGAGAAGGCCCCUCCUUAUUAGUCUGAGAAAAAGGAAAGUUAGAAUGGGCCGAUUUUGAAAAAUUAUGAUUUGGAAAAGCAGCAUUGCUUUCUGGGGCAGGUGAUGUUGGUCACAGCCUCACUCACUGGACCCCUUCUGUGUUCAGGCCCUUGCAGCUGGGGUCGGUAUGGUCAUUUUUCUUAUUUUACACGUGAUCACACUGGAGCCCAGACCAGUUAAGUCACUUGUCACACAGGCACUUAAGUGGAGAGCCAGGUGUCAAAAUCAGGUAAUAAAACCAUCAUCAUUAACUGUGCACCAACAGCGUGCUGAGCAUGCCACGUGCUUAUCUUGGCAUCUCCACAGCAGUGGAAGGUAGAUGCUUUGGAUGUGGCCGGCUGGUUAACUCACUUGGUUAGAUCAUGGUGCUGAUAACACCAAGGUCAAGGGUUCAGAUCCCUGUACCAGCCAGCUGCCAAAAAAAAUAAAUGUGCAGCUCCAGAAAUAGUGGCCGUUGCUCUUAUCCAGCAUGGUCAGGCCACAGACUGCAAGAAGAAAAUUGGGGCCAGCUUGUAAAGAGCCUUAAAUGCCAAGCCAAGAAGUGCCCACCUCCAAUCAUGUUUGCACCACAGUCAAGUGUAAAUUAACGAAGCAAAGAAAAUUGAGGCCAUUGGGUUUUGUCCUGUCGGUGAUGAGAGGUGGGGAAAGGUUUCUGUUGUGGGGAACUGGAGCCAGCCCGCAACUGCAAACUUGUGAGCUCUGAAGGAAUCCUGACCCCACCAGCUUUUUUAUUUGGCUUUAUUACAUUUGGCAACAGGUAUUGAAACAAGGAAGGGCCUGCACGGAGGGCCAGUGUUUCUGACCAUCCUUGCCUAAGAAAGCCAAAGGCUCUGGUGUUUCUAAACAACGUGACACAUGAAAGAGCUUUGGCUGCCGCCUUUCAUUCCUUCCUAGAGAUUUCAAGGCCUUAAAUUUAAUCUGUGCUCUCUGGGGAGGAAACAAGAGAGCCUCUGCCUUGGGGGGCAGCACUAAAUGUGAGGCUGGGGGCUGGGGGGUGUUCCUAGGAAUGAUUUGAGGGCUCCUGAAAGCCCAUCUGUUCCAAAGCGUUUUCUCCUCUGUGACAGCAUUGGAAACCACUGUGGUGACAGGACACGGCACUGGAGGGCCAUCAGAGAGUCCUGGGUGGGAUUUAGGGAGCCUGGGUUGGAAUCCAGCCCCACCUCUUCCAUGCUACACGCUUAGGCAAGUUCCUUUGCCUGCAGGCUAGGGAUGUUAACUCUCUUACAGCUGAGGACCUGCAGGACACAGGCCUGCACAGGGCCCAAGCAGGACCCUCCUAGAGCUACAAGCAUCUUUAUAUAUCCCCUCUGCCCGCCCCCCCCCAACCAUCGGCAUUAUUUUUCCCCAUUACAGGUGAUGAACCUCAAAUUCAGAGAGGUUAAGCAACCUGCUCAGGGUCACAUAUCUAACAAGUUGUAGAGUCAAGAUUUAAACCAGGUCAGUUUUUAUACCAAAACCCCAAACUAACCGUUGUUAGGAAUCUUGUAACUAGUCAUGUUCUCUUCUUUGUUUUGGCCUCUGGGAAGCUCAAAGUCAAGUUUGAGAUCAUUUUUAACAAUAGUACUGAGUCUCCUACUGGACUCACUUUAUUCUAGCAUUCUACUUUUACUUUUAAUCCUGAUCUCUUUAUUUUUAUUUUAUUGUACUACAUCUAUUUCUGUAAGUUGCCACAAUACCUUUUUGUGACAAGGUGGCAUAUACCUAAAUAAAUACAGGAUCAAAGCUUGAUUUAAAAGUC